GUAUACGACAUGCAAGAGAAUGUUUCGAUUCUGAGGCAAGCUAAGAUUCUGAGACGUGUGCCGCUGCCGAUUGUUGAGCAGAAGAUCUGUUUCCCAAGAGAUUAUUCUGGCGAUGAUUUGAUCAAAUGGGAAUCCAUAGAAAGGGAGUGCAUACAGGCUGAUGGAAUAUCGGCACCAAAAGUGACUAGAGUCAAAGGAAGCGACGGAAAGCUAUACAAGAUUAUCUGGAAGAAUGACGAUGUUAGACAAGAUUGUCUGGUCGAGCAACUAUUUUCAAUUGUCAACAGCAUCUUAAACAACGAUGAAGAAGAAGCUUUUCUUCGUACUUACAAGGAUGAUUCGCAACUAUCGGAAGAGCUUAGCUCAGUGGAGCAUAGGUACCUUAUGCGCUUGAUGGUUUCACGGAUAUGUAAAGAAAUGUGUGCUUUAGUAACAUACGUAGUAGGACUGGGAGACCGACAUCUCAGCAAUGUGUUGUUUGAGCUCGGUACAUGUAAAUUAGUUCACAUCGAUCUCGGUUAGUAUGAUACUGGAGUAUAG